GAAUCUAGGCGUCAACGGUUGGUUGGGUGGGUUUGCUCCAUAUGCAUUGCAAUUGAUUUCAAUUCCAUACGCGGAAUCGAAUUUCAAAGAUUUAGAAACCCUAAUCCUAAAAUUUGGAUUGACAUAGUAAUCUCUCUGCAAACCAAUCGGAAAACCCUUGAAUUCAGAGAUGCAACAAGGUGAUCUAACUGCUUCGUAUUACCAAUACUAUCAAUCUUACUUACAACAUUCUGAUCCUAAUCCUACCUCUAAUUCCAGCGAUCUUCAAGCAUCGGCCCCACCCUUCUCCUCCGACUACCAAUCUUAUUCCUCUCCAUAUUCUUCAUAUUCUCAAUAUUCUGAUAAUGUCUCCGGUCACCCUCCUACAGCCCCCACAUGCCCCCCAAACCCUAAUUUUCAGCCUUCCGAGCUUUCUUCUCAAUCUUCACUUUCUAAUCAUUUUCAACCAUAUGACCAGAAUCAGACGUCCCACGUUUAUGAUCCUCCGUACCCUGUUCAUAAUUCCAAUAUGAAUUCAUUAUUUCCGGGUAAUUCGUAUUCAACUUCAGCCGGCCAAGCCAGCACUUUAAUGCCGCCCAACCAUGGGGGUGGCAUGAAAUUUGACGGUCGGGGAGGUUAUUUUGAUGAAAGUGGUAGUCAUGCCGGGUUUCGCAGUGAUGGGUAUGGUGGCGGCGUUUAUGCUUAUGAUGGUAGUAAGAUGGAGCCUUAUGGUGGUCGAGGAAGUGGGCCUGAGCCAUCUAUGAAGACGGCCUUUGAUGAUUAUGGGAGACCCAUAAGCCUUUUGAAUGCGAAUGUCGAGGUGGGAUCAGGACCGGUGAAUAAGAUUGUGAAAGCCACACCAAAAAUCGAGGUUCAGAACGAUACGAAGAGUGGGGUGCAGAAGUUUCGUGUCAAGCUUUUGGCGGAAGCUGGAGGGCAGAGCAACAUGGAUGUUCUUUGCCAGAUUGGUUUGGAUGGGAUUCGAAUGCUUGAUCCUCCCAGUGGGCGAACAUUGAGAAUAUACCCACUUGAGAUGUUGACAAAAUGGGAAGUAUUGGAUUCAUCCAUCUUUGCUUUCUGGGCUAAAAGCUCCAUUGACAUUGAACCAAGACGUAUCAGGCUGCAGUCAAACAACUAUACUGUGAACAUCAUUCUGGACACUCUGACAGCAGCAUCAGUUCAGCUCAAUGAGAUGGAUACAAGGAACAAUUCUUCUGACUCUUUCAAGGUCUCUGAGCAAUAUGCAGACAGAAAAAGAGGCUUUUCUGAUUGGAUAAACAUGAUGAAGUCUAGCAAUGAGGAGAAGGAUCAUUGGGUCCCUGAUGAAGCAGUUACUGAAUGUACAGCUUGUUGCAUAGAUUUUGGACCUUUUGUGCGAAAGCAUCACUGCAGGAACUGUGGGGAUAUUUUCUGUGACAAGUGUACUCAAGGUAGAAUUGCCCUCACUGCAGAGGAGGGUGCUCAACCAGUUCGAGUUUGUGACCAAUGCAUGGCGGAAGUAACCCAAAGACUAAGUAGCACAAGUGAAGCUGCUCACAGAAUUUCUGGAUUACAGAGACAUGAAGAUCUUGCAAAAAAGCUUCAGGAGGAGAUGGACAGAAAAUGCAAGACAUCAUCAGGUUUGAAGUCUGAUGGAUCUGGGAUGCAGAUGAGGGAGGUUGCCUGUCCAACUUGCACAGUCCAUUUGCAGGUCCAGGUUCCGACCUCUGGUUCAGAGACCAUAGAGUGUAGUGUUUGCCAGCAUCCAUUUCUUGUGACUGCUUAAUAACUUGUUUCGUUGCUGAUUCUUGUGCAUCAAGUCAACCAACGCAAAGACAGUUAAUAGUUUCCCGAGUUCUUUAAGUUGUUAUGUUAAUCGAUAAAAAUAUGGAUUAUUGGAUUUAUAAACAUGAUUUAGGAGUUGAUAUUACAAUUUUUUUCUUUCCUCAUUGCAGUUUCUACUAUGUUUUACUGUGUAUAUAAGUGUACACACAUAUAUAUAUGACCUUUCACUGUGAACUAUUACACAAACCAAUGCAGUGUUGAUCGAUUUUUAAGAUCA